AUGGGCAAUGAGCUGCUAAGUAAAAUCCACCAGACGUAUCGCGUUCAGUACAUACAGGAUGUGGUGCUCCCAACGCCAGCUGUGUUUGAGGAGAACAUGCUUUCCACACUGUCAUCUUUCAUCUUCUUCAACAAAGUAGAGAUUGUCUCUUUAAUACAGGAGGAUGAGAGAUUCCUAAGUGAAUUGUUCCACCAGUUAAGUAGUGAUGAGGAUGUGCCCAUGGAGAAAAGGCGUGACCUGGUCCUAUUUCUCAAAGAAUUCUGUACAUUUUCACAAACCCUUCAGCCAACAAGUAGAGAAGCUUUUUUCAAGACUCUAUCGAGCUUGGGGGUGCUUUCGGCCUUGGAAAUCACUCUAGGGUUGGACGAUGCUGUCAUCAAGUCUGCCUCCAUUGACAUUCUCAGCUAUAUUGUGGAGUUCUCCCCCUCUAUGGUACGGGAAUACAUGAUGCAGCAGCAGCAUAAAACAGAAGAGGAACAGUACCUGUUAAACAUCAUCAUUGAGCAGAUGGUGGUAGAUUCUGAUCCAGAGAUGGGUGGUGCAGUACAGUUAAUGGGAAUCCUUCGCAUUCUCAUUGACCCUGAAAACAUGAUGGCAACUGUCACCAAGUCUGAACGAGCAGACUUCCUCGCAUUCUUUUAUAAACACUCCAUGCACUCCCUUGGAAGUCCCAAACACACAUUCCUAGUGCUCAUGGAUGCAUUUGUCCGCAACAAUGGAAGAUAUAACCUCCUGGAUUCUGCCAUUAUUGAAAUGUUUGAAUAUAUCAAAGUGGAGGAUAUAAAGUCAUUGUGGAUGAGUGUAGUAAAAAGUUUGGAAAAGGUCCUUGCCCAGGUGGACUAUGUGCAGACCUUCCUGCUUUGCGAAUGCGAUAUAAACAGCAUCAAAAAUAGACUGAGAGACAGAGAUAGGAAUACUUCCCUGGAUGGAGACACAAUUUGUCACCUGUUGGGUCUGCUGCUAAACAAUGGCAACAAGGACAACAACAACACUGCCACUGCUCUGUCUUCAGAAGGCAACAAGUCUCCCGUCCCUGCCCGCAAGAAGGUGAGUCUUGUGGCAUAUGAAAGAAAAUUCCUGAUGAAGAGAAGAGAGGAAGAAGAAGAGGAAGCUGGUGAAGAAGACCAGGAAGAAGAGGAAGAGGAAAAGGACAGUAAAGUUCCGUCUGCCAAAAGACCGCGACUAAGCAGUGAUUGA